AAAUAAGUCUUAACCAGUAUAAUUAUGUUUGUGUUUACAGAGGUUUGGACAGGGCGUCAUGAAGUACAGUAAUGGUGAUACUUAUGAAGGAGUGUUUGAAUAUGACUUGCGCAGUAAGCAGGGAAAGAUGACGUACAAGGACGGAUCAGUGUAUGAAGGCAGCUGGGCCAAUGGAUUGCGCCAAGGAAAAGGAAAAAUGUUUUACAGUCACAAAAAAAGCAAGUUUGAAGGGGAAUGGAUGUUGGGCUUGAGACACGGAGAAGGAGUGUUAACAUUUGCUACUGGAGCCAGCUACAGCGGGCGCUGGGAGUUCGACAAGCAAAAUGGACGUGGCAUGUACACGGACCCCUCUACUGGUUAUCGUUAUGAAGGGGAGUGGCAAAAUGGACUUAAACACGGUAAAGGAGUAGAGCAAACUACUGAAGGGAGAUACGAAGGAGAAUGGAAAGAUAACAUGCGUCAUGGCCAGGGAAGAGAAGUCUUGUCUUGUGAAACAGAAUUCGAAGGAAGGUGGAAGGAAAAUAGAAAGCAUGGACAAGGAAUCAAGAAACUGAAAACCGGACGGAUGGAAGAGCAGGUGUGGCGUGAAGGAAAGCACGUGGAUGUGUCAAGUGUUGUUGUUAUUGAGCUGCCCCUUAUUCAAAGAAGAUGAUGAUCAGACAAACCACAGCUGGAGUUCCAAUGCUGUGAUCUUGCCUACAUACGGCUAGUAGAACUGUGAAUUAAAUGAACUGAGCUGCAAGAUCGUUUGUAAAUGAGUAAUGGCUGGAUAUGACGAGCAGCAUGUGUCGAUACAUUGGCUUAGCAGAGGUUUGGAGCGACCACUGCAGGUCUGCUUAGAGAGCUAGCCACGUUAAUGAAGAAUUCUUUGCACCAAAGCGCCAAU